AUGGAAGACACAGUCGGAGCCUAUAAACCCUACCAUUUCCAUACGGACUUCGAACCUUAUUGCAUUUGGCAUAGGAAGGAAGAUACUGAUACUUUUGAUGUUCAUCUUAAUGGUUUGAAAAAGCAACAGCUGAAGAUUGAGAUCAACGAGGAGCGGAUCCUAACAAUCUCCGGAGAACGACGAUUAUGGGACGACAAUAACACAUGGAGUCGUUUUCGCAAACAAACAAACAAACUGGCCGACAACACCCAAAAUAACGACAUUCGUUCAAAGUUCACUGGACGGAUUCUCUCCAUUGUGAUACCCAAGAAACCAGGGAUUCUCUCCUUGUCCAUUUCCCUGCCGUCCCAAGUCCUCGAAAAGGCCCAAACCCAACCAAAACCCAAAAGACGACUACGGCAACGGAGAAUGCAGGUGGUUGGAGGUUGGUAA